AUGUGGGGAGAAUUUCCCGACCGCAACUCGUCCUGCGCCCCAGACGCCACCCCCGCAACCAACAUUUCCGCUCCUCUUCUCCUUCUCCCUAUUUUGCACGUUCCGAGCCCUCAAUCAUCAGCAGCCCAUCGCUUGACCUAUCCGCUUGCUGCCUCGGGCGGGCUUCAAGCUGCUGAUAUGGCAACGGCGCAAUCUGGUAUGUUCCAGUGCGGCUCUUGUAAGAAGAACUACAAGCGCCUGGAUCACCUAGCUCGUCACGUGCGAUCCCUAAAUGUUGCUUACACAACCAUCUUCCCUAGACACCCAAACCAAGCCUUACAAGUGCCACGUCUGCCCAAAAGCCUUUACAAGACCGUAGGUACACCCAGGCUUAUCAGUGUAACUCACUACUCGCUGGCUAAGACUGCUCAAAGGGACCUGCUCAAGAGACACGUUGCCGGACACAGCUCCCAAGCCGGGGACGCUACAGAAGGCUCCAUCGAACAGCCCCGGUACAUAGCUGGAAGGGUAACAAAGGCGUGUAAAGAAUGCUCAUCCAAUCAUCUCCGGUGUAGCGAGGAAAAGCCAUGCCGGCGCUGCCAAGGGAAAGGCAUCGAGUGCAAGUGGAACGACUCCAUGGAACUAGAUACAAACUUUCCAUCUCCAGAAUCUGGUCAACAACCCGAUGACACUAUCUUCGCCCAAGAUGACGGUUCUUCUGUUAUGGACAAUUUCGUCGAUACGGCUACGAUGGGAGCAGCGUCUACCUCGGCAGUCAUCGGUGACCAGCCUGGGUUGGAAAUUCUUACGCCUCAGACUACACAUAACCCGCUGCAUAACCUUGAUCCAUCCCUCGGUGCCGACGCUAAUCGUCUCUACCAGUUCCCAGAUCUCAAUCUCUUGUCAGGACACUGGGCUUCGGCUAGCACAAAUGACAUUGACAUGAGCUCUUACAAUGCGCUUGACGACAUGGAUCUGAGGUUCCUAGAUGCCUAUAACACCAGCAUCCCAUUCGAAGUUAGCAGUAUCCAUCCAACCCCCAGAGGCGCGCAGACACCCCACACUGCGUCGCACACGGACCCCGGCCAGCCCGCCGCUAUGUGCACUGAGGCCUUCCAAAAUUCUCACUGGAAGUUCCGCCCUAAUGCAAAGGAUCAUUCUGGAGCCGAGGAGCAUAAUCUCUCUCUUCCCGCAGCCAACUCCGCCUAUCCUUCCCCAGAGUCUGGAGUUGCACUGAACCUAGAUACAAGGGUCACGUGUGCAGAGCUAGGGAAUCUUGUCCGAGACAGGAUCCUGAUGAUGGUUGUUGAAAGCUGCCAUUCGGAUAAUCUGUCAAAGGCAGUCGCUUCUUUUCCGUCUGCUGGGCUACUGGAUACGCUGUUACAGUACUACUUGACCUCACCUGUGACGCAUGCAACAUCAUUCCUGCAUGCUGCUUCAUUCGAUCCCAACGAGAAAAGACCAGAGCUGGUAGCUGCCAUGGCGGUAUGUGGAGCAGUGUUGACAUCUGACCCUGCACUAUCUAAACUUGGCUAUGCUAUACAAGAAUGUUUACGGAUCGCAAUAUCGAAGCGGUGGGAACGCGAUAACACACUUGUUCGAGAUCUUGAGCUCUCUCAGGCUUUUCUGAUUAUUCUUGAGAUGGGUAUCUGGAGCGGACUCCCCCGCAAGGUUGAGAUCGCUGAGAGCUUCUUCCAUCCCGUGCUCACCAUGAUGCGACGCGAUGGAAAGUUCAAACGGUCAGCGUAUCCCGACACCAAUUCUGGAAAUACAAAUACUCAGGCCAUAGUUUCGCGAGACAAAUGGCUCAAGUGGGUGGAAGAUGAGUCUUUCAAGCGGCUCGUCUUCAGGAUGCUCUCUCACGACGCAAACUCCUCCAUGGCCCUUCUGGUCAUUCCAUCAAUAUCCUAUGCAGAAGUUCUCUUACCACUUCCGGGAAAUACAGAUCUCUGGACAGCGGCAUCUCCCGAACAAUGGAGCUCGUUCAUCACCGUACAAGACCCCGGCGAGCCCCUUUACGUCGCAGAUAUUAUCGACGAUCCCGGCAUUCUCAAUAAUCGUGCGGGGUCGCUGGAUAUAUACGUUGCGAUUCACGGUGUGCUUGCAUGCACGUGGGCCAUGUGUUGCGAGUAUCUCCAGCUCUCCUCUCUGCAGAGAUCGCGACCGCGCCGGUGGAACGUGCUUGUUACAGAGAUGAGGAAGGACGAGCUUCUGAAAUUGCUAGGUCAUCUCAAACUCAGCUUGCCAUCUGAUGAAUUGGCGGAUCCAGAAAUACUGAUGCGGCUGGAGUUAACCCUGUUGCAUUUACAAAUGCCAUUUGAGGAUAUCCAGCUAUUUGCGGGUAUGGAAGGCCCGGAACGCGCCCGUGCUGUCUACCCAAUGAUCCGCGACUGGGUCAAGAGUGAAGCAGCGAGACACGCAAUUUGCCACGCAGCCCAGAUCGUUCGAAUUGCCAAGCGAUUGCCGAAGGGGGUUAUACGCAGCCCUCUAGCAAUUAUGCUUUACCACGCUAGCUUAGCAUUCUGGGUCUAUGGACUGCUCUCCAACCAGUCUCCAGGGAUAUCCAGAGCGCCCAGUCAGAAUGUGUGUAUUGAUGACACGGACAGCAUUGCCUUACAAAGGUUCAAAGGGUUCGGGCAAGGUCAACCGUGUAUAGGAUGGCGUUCGGAGGUACCCGGUCAAGAUGAUGUGGUAAUCAGCGUACCGCUAUCACAACCAGAUAAGGUCAUGGAGGCUGUCAUGGGAAUUGUACGAACAAAUUUUUCAGGAUUGCCCAUUCCACAUCUUACAGAGAGACUGGUUCAACUAAUGGCUGAGCUUGAGAACUCGGCGAAGAGCAAAGUAGCUGCUUGA